ACCAAUCCGGUGAGGGCAGGGAGGAGUUGCGAAUCAAGUUAGGUCAGCCUCGCAGACGCUGACAAAACAGUUGCGCGUUCUUCCUCAUUCACUCGUUUACAGCUUGUGUUGCUGAGAACAGAUUGCAGCCAUGACAAAAGACCCCAAUAAGCCCAGAGGGAAGACCUCAGCUUAUGCCUUCUUUGUGGCGACCUGCCGCGAGGAGCACAAGAAGAAGCACCCUGGGACCAGCGUCAACUUCGCGGAGUUCUCUAAGAAAUGCUCCGAGAGAUGGAAGACCAUGUCUGCUAAGGAAAAGGUUAAGUUUGAUGAGAUGGCCAAGAAUGACAAGGUCCGAUACGACCGAGAGAUGAAGUCGUACGUCCCACCUAAAGGUGCCAAGAAGGGCAAGAAGAAGAAGGACCCCAACGCCCCCAAAAGGCCACCAUCUGCGUUCUUCGUCUUCUGCUCAGACCACCGCCCCCGCAUCAAGGAGGAGAACCCCGGCAUCUCCAUCGGUGACAUCGCCAAGAAGCUGGGUGAGCUGUGGGCCACGCAGAGCUCCAAGGACAAGGCUCCGUACGAGGCCAAGGCCGCCAAACUGAAGGAGAAAUACGAGAAGGACGUCGCUGCCUACAGAGCCAAGGGAGGUUCAGGAAAGAGCGACGCCGGGAAGAAGAGUGGUCCCGGCAGGCCCUCCGCAAAGAAGGCCGAGCCAGUUGAUGAUGAUGACGACGAUGAGGAGGAUGACGAUGAGGAGGAUGACGACGAUGAGGAUGAGGAUGAUGACUAAGCAGUUUCUAUGAUAAAGGAUGUGAAGUUUGUGAUGCAUUGUUCAGCUUAAUUACUGUUUUGUUUUUGUUUUUUGUUUUUUUGUUUUUUUCUUCGAGUGGAUGGUUGCAGCUCUAAAGUCUGCUGUCCCUGUUGGUCUGCCGGACCUGUACCCCUCUAUCCAAACCCCCUCCAGUUCAGGGAUUUAGUUUUAUCUUAGGUUGCUUCUGUUGUGUUUGAGCCCGGGUUUGUUUCCAUAGAUCCAUGUUGCUAUUUAAAGGCAGAUGAAAUGGACUGAAGCUCCUGCGCGACGGCGGGAUCAAGUCUUUUCUUAUCGUUUCUGAAAGCACUGCUUCUGUUGCUGUUGUAGUGGUGCCGUUUCUUCACUGUCAUUUUACUACAAGAUUUAUCUGUAGUUGGAAUAAAAUGUUGGCAGACAUUUUUAAUGUGGAACUUGAAAACUUGUAGAUUUUCUUUGUUUUUUUUUUUUUUGUUUGUUUUUUUUUUUUAAAUAAAAGUUUUUUGUAUAUUA